UGCUAAAAGUGAAACAGAACGUUUCAACAAGAUGGAAUUCUUGCUUGGCGAUGAUGCAAAGAUUAGAGGAAUUAAAAGUUCCGUUGUCAGCAGCAAUGUCCAAUCUUCCCGGAUCACCUUCACUUUUGUCAUCGGAAGACUGGGCACUAAUUAAAGACUGCAUAUGUAUUUUAAAACCUAUUGAAGCUAUGACUUCCGAGUUGUCGGGAGAAAAAUAUAUAACGUUGUCCAUUAUCAUCCCCUUAAUUCGUGGUGUCCAACACGCUGUUAAGAAUGCACAACCAAUAACUUCCACGGGAAAGAUAUUGCAAACUAAUUUUCAUGAUAUCCUAUUGAGGAGAUUGGGUUAUGUUGAAUCUUCAAAAAUUUGUGCAAAGGCGACAUUAUUGGACCCCAGAUUAAAGAUAUUGGCCUUCGAUAAGGUAAUAAAUGGUAAUCAAGCCCUUAAAUGGAUUACACAAGAAGUAGAGGAUUUGAUUGUGACUAUCACUCAGCAUCUAGAAACUCCAAAUUCUGAAAUACCUUGUACUCAGGGGCGUGCAGAUUCCAGCGAGAACCAAGCUAGUUUACUUUGGGAGCAUUUUGAUAUAAAGGCUAAGCAGGAAUUCAGCGCGUCCACACCUACACAUUCUGCCGAAGCACAAAUAAAGCAGUACCUAGACCUACCAUUGGUAGAUAGGAAGCUGAAUCCUUUAGACUUUUGGGAGUCCAAGAAGGAGAUGUUCCCGGAACUAUAUAAACUUGCAAAUAAGUACCUCUGCGUGCCAGCAACAUCAGUGCCAUCUGAGAGGGUAUUCUCAAAAGCAGGCGAGUUAACAAAGGACAGAAGGAGUAGGUUAAGCAGCAAUAUGAUCAACGAAAUCAUGUUUUUAAAUAGUAAUAUGUAGUGCAAUAAAUAUUUUCUUUGAAAUAUGUAUUUUGACUGACCAUCCUCCAUAUUAUCAUGGGGAAUCAAAUCAUCAUUCUUUUUUUACUUCAUAUUAAACAACUAGUAAUGAAUACAAACAUAAAACGUGGAUUCUACUAAUCAUUUGAGGCUCUAUUUUAUUGAGGCUAAUUUAAAUAUUAAAAUGAGACAUUCAGAGAAGUCGGUAAAUUCCCAAAA